UUAGUUUUAAUCGGUAUGUCCGCCUAUCAAGUUCUGCUGCUGCUGCUGCUGGUGGCCUUCGCCUUGGCCAGAGCUCAAUGUCCAGUGAAUACAAUCUACAUAAAUUCUCAAUGUGUGCCAUCAUCCUGUAAUCCCCCCAGUAUCCUGCAAAAUGGAAUUUGUGUCCAUCCAAAUGGCUCGCAGUGCGGAAAUGGUCAAGUUUAUGUGAAUGGAGGCUGCUCCAACAUAAUUAUCAACGUCUAUCCCGGCUCUGGCGGUGGACAAUCAGGCAUUGGUUGGGUACCACCCUCUGGACAGGGCCAAAAUCCUUGUCCUAAUCAACCUGUUGGACCCUUUCCUUAUCCUCCUAAUGCUGUUCAACCGACUCCAAACAAUCCUUUAACACCAAAUGGUCCCACUUCUCCUGUUCAACCGAAUCCUUGUCCAAAUAGUCCCGUAACACAGAUUCCUCCUACCUUACCCUAUCCCUAUCCAAAUAAUCCCGUAACUCAGGUACCUCCCACUUCACCUAUUCAACCGAAUCCUUGUCCAAACAGUCCCGUAACUCAGAUUCCUCCCACUUUACCUUAUCCUAAUCCAAAUAAUCCUGUUACUCAGUUUCCUCCCACUUACCCUGUUCAACCGAAUCCUUGUCCGAACAGUCCUGUAACUCAAAUCCCUCCCACUUCACCCUAUCCCUAUCCAAAUAGUCCUGUUACUCAGUUUCCUCCCACUUACCCUGCUCAACCAAAUCCAUGUCCAAAUAGUCCCGUAACACAGAUUCCUCCUACCUUACCCUAUCCGUAUCCUAAUAAUCCCGUAACUUCGAUUCCUCCCAAUUUCCCUGUUCAACCAAAUCCUUGUCCAAAUAGUCCCGUAACUCAGAUUCCUCCAAUUUUACCUAUUCAACCAAAUCCUUGUCCAAAUGAUCCCGUAACUCAGAUACCUCCCAUUUCACCCAAUCCUUGUCCAAAUGAUCCAGUAACUCAGAUUCCUCCCACUGUACCUGUUCAAACUACUUCUCCCACGAUUGAGCCAGUUCAAACGACUCCCUCAGCACCCGUCGGUCCUACAACCGCUGAAAGUGUUCCAGAAGUAACAUCUCCCGAAUCUAAGGAACCUCCAGCAACUACACCUCCACCGGCGCCACUUAUUCGUUGUCCCGAGGGCACAAUUCAACUGAAUGGCAAAUGUCGCCUGGUUUACUGUAGUUCCGGGACUUAUUCAAAUGGAGGCUGUGUCCAGAUCAGUUGCCGACCAGGCACCAUCUGGACUGGCCAAAAAUGUGAGAGACCCAAACCCAUUGAGCUAGGACCUAUCCAUCUGGAGAAGACAAUCAUUAAUCCAAAAACAGAUGCGGGAGCUAAUGUAGUUAUUCACAAUGUCAACAAUUUAGUGGUAAAUGCCUCAAUUGCUCUGACACCUGGAGCAGCCGUCGAUUCCGAGGAAUACGAAGAUGAUGAGGAUGAAGUCGAAAGCUCAAGCCCUGCUCCAGGAACAGGCACCACAAAAUGUUGUAAUGUAAUUGCUCCCCGCAUCUGUCGGAGUCAAGUGGAGAAUGUCAAUUGGAAAUGUUUCAGUCGCACUCAACAACAAUGCGGAGACUUUUGCAGUGCCUCGAAAGUUGUCCUAAAACCAUCCAAUGUGACCACAUGGUACGAUGGUGACGAUGAAAUGCUGAUAAUGCCACCAAACUGGCAGCAACCGCCCCAUCCAACCACAGAACGUCGCGAUUGUAGCGGUUGCGCCACGGGUUUGGUGGCCACCUGUUCCAGCUAUUGCUAUGCCUAUCGAUGCAGUAGCCAUAAUUGUGCCUUCUAUGAUCAGGAGCAAUUUUGUCAACAGUAUGCCGGUAAAGUGGGAUGUCGGACCGAGGAUGGUUGGUUUAAAUAAGUGAAAUUUGUUCAGAACAAAAAAAUUCUUUUACUUCACAUGGAAAUUGUCGUUUUCGGGUUUCAUUAUUUUUUAUCAAUCAUAAUCAAGAAUAGAUAAAAUUCUCGAGCUAUGCUUGUAUGUAAAUUUUGCUGAACCUUUUUUUUAUAAAUUCUAUAUAUAAAUCCCUAAUCAAUUAGACGCAGCUACUCAAUAAAUGUU